AUGAUAAACCUCAAACAGAUAGCCUUGGUGUGGCGAGCGUCGUCGAUGCGGGCCCCGGGGAUCAUUGGCUGGGAUAGGGAGGACGAGCUGAUGGACUGGCGCGAGGCUGGCCCCCAGAAGAGCAGCCCCCUGUCCUCCACGGCCUCGGCCUUCUCAUCCUCCUCGUCCACCUCGACCACCUCGUCGACCCAGACGACCGAGUCCACCGCCAGCAGUGGCAGCAGCAGCAGCUGGUUGCACGGCGAACUCCACUAUCGGCCAAACCGACGGGCCCAGAACGAGCAACAGCAGCUCAAGUACCGCUCGCGCCACGAGAGCCGCUCCACGGAAAGACACGGCGGCUACAUCGGCAACACCCCGAGGCAGCAGGUCGACGAGCUGCCGGGCAACGUUGGCUGCGACGUCGUCAAGUCCAAGUCGUCCUCGAGCGUCGACGCCUGGGCCGAGGAGGCAAGGGCAGCUCGCGAACGCAGAUCCACCAGCUCCGGCAGAUGCACUGACCGCGACUCGGAGGCCCAAGGCCGCUCCUCUCACGCUUCCGAGACGCGGAACAAGCUGAAGCGCGGCACGCGGGUGGUCAGCCCGGCAACCAUGGAAAAGUGGAAGGAAACGAGCCGAUGCGAGACGCGCAGCCGCGUCCUGGCGCCCCGUGACCUCGUCACCCCCGUGGCCCUCGAGUCGAUGGCCAACAACCGCGUCCCCGAGCAGACCCACAUCGUCAAGGACCGCCAGCUGAACGGCAAUGCCCCGUCGAGCGAGCAGCGUUGCUUCGACAGCGUUUCCCGGCCGGAGGAGGUGUCGGACCUCGAGCUCCCGGCCUACAUAAACACCCUCCUCGUCACGGUCGAGCGGAAAAUCGAGCGAGUGUCGGUCGACGACCUCACCUUCCCGUGCACCGCCUGCCGUAACAUCGACACGGAUGACCCGCUGCUCGGGUGCAAGUGCGCGGGCGACGCGUGCGAGUGCGAGAACGAGGCGAGCUGCGAGUGCCAGGCCAACGGUGCUGGCAAGCCCGUCGAGGCCAGGAGCUUCGAGAUCGCCGGGAUCAAGCACAUCGACAGCGACGACGAAGAGGAGGUUCGCAUGGGCUUCGGCACGAAGAAGCGGAUAGACGAGGUGACGCCGCCCAGGAGCAUACUCGAGAUCUCCGACCGUACCCUCAACUGUGGCCUGUCGCUGCCAGGUCACACGGACGUCGCCAACAGGCCGGUCCUGGAGUUCGACGGCUGCUCGUCACGUCGCGACGUCGUCUCGUCCCGAGAAAUGGCCUCGCUCAUCUUCUACCUCUCCCGCCUGCCGAGCUCGUUUUGUUGCAGCGCCGAUUCGACGCAGGAUGGAUUUGCGCUACUUAUCAACGCCAACUCGAGAGAGGAGCUCGACACCCUGGAUCGAGCUGUCAACCUGCUGAAGGGCAAAGUCAAAAUAACCCAGGUCUACCUACUGCGAAUUUCACCGGAAAUCAGGACGACCGAGUUGUUUCCACGCAGCCAUCCCAAGAUCGUCAGUCUGGACGAGAACACGAUCGAGAAGCACAUCCCCAGGCGAACGGUGGAUUACAACCACGAGCACUGCGUCGGCUUUUACAAGGAGUACGAUAGCGUGAUGACGGAAUGGCAGGCGGCCGGUCGGAGGCUCGCCCUCGAGAUGUCCGAGCUGAAGGAGUGCACGAGCCUGUCGGGCAGCCUGACGCCCCUGAAUCGCCUGCUUACCGAUCCAACGCUCAGGAGGACGGCCAGGGACGCCGAGGAGGCCAUGCUGGCGCUCGAGGAGAGGGCCGCCACGCUUAUGGGUGUCGAGCACGUCAGGCUGGCGCUGGAGCGGGCCCGGAGGCUCUUGGAGGAGGUCGGCAACGCGGCCACGCGGCUCGAGUCGUCGUUUGAGUCCCGGCGAGCCACGAUACGCAAUCUCGCCGUGCUGCGCAGCAUCGAGGACCAAGCGCGCGAGGUCCUGUCAUGGCUGUGCAAGAAAGGCGAGGACGUCCUCACUAAGCACGGACAGCACUCGGCCACGAGUCUCGCCGCGGCGCGCCUUCAUGAGCGGGAAUUCGAAAAGUUCUACUUCACGUCGAUGAGACACCUGGACAAAGGUGGCGACCUAGCGGAGGCGGCCUCGGCCUCGGGUCUGCGCGAGCUAGCGCGCUCCCUGAAGCACCACCUGCGCGGCUUCGGGGCCCGGCUCGAGGACAGGCGCGAGUACCUCGAGGACACGUCGCGAUGCUGCCUCCUGCAGGACCGGGCGUACGAGUGGGCCCAGGAGGCUCGGGUGGUGGGGGAGCGCCGGGCCCAGCAGUUCCUGGCAGCGCGACCGCCCCUGCCGGCCGAGCACUUUGCCGAGAUGAUAGCCCUGGCCGAGAAACUCGGCAACGACGUGCUCCUCGAGCAGUGCAAGCUGGCCAAGGCCAAGUGCGUCGAGGCGCUGGAGAUCGCGAGGUCGAGCUCGGCCCCCGGCAGUCCCGCGCGCAGGAGGAGCUCCGCCACCUCGGAUCUCGCCAACUCCUGGGACGACUCGCUUACGAAGCGUGCAAGCUGGGACGACAGCGACAGCAGCGGCGCGUCCUACGCCGGGCCCAUGGACGGCGGCAGCAACAGCAACGGCUCGGGCCACGGUAGCGCCGGCCCCGGCAACGGGCGCGCCCUCCUGGACAACAUCGCCGAGCUGCGCGAGAGCGCCGAACAGCUUCUCGACUGCUGCUCGCCACCGAGGACGCCCCCCAGGAGUCCCCAGCCCCAGCGCAGGCUCGUCAAGCCGCCCGUCAACUCGCACCUGCACCGCGCGCCCAGCAUCGCGCCCGGCAUGAAGGCCAAAAAAACGAUACUACUUAUAAUGAGGGAGAUGAUACAGACUGAGCGCGAUUACGUGAAAUCCCUCGAGUACAUAAUAGAGAACUACAUCCCGGAGUUGCUUCGCGAGGAUAUCCCUCAGUCGUUGCGGGGCCAGCGCAACGUAAUCUUCGGCAACGUCGAAAAGAUUUACGAGUUCCACAGCCAGUACUUCCUUAACGAGCUCGAGCAGUGCGAGCAGUCGCCGAUGAUGGUCGGCCAGUGCUUCCUACGCCAUAAAAAGAAGUUCUACCUGUACGCGCUGUACAACAAAAACAAGCCAAACUCGGAUUCUCUGAUGGCGGAGUACGGGACGGCCUUUUUCAAAGCCAAGCAGCUGGAACUGGGCGACAAAAUGGACCUGGCCAGCUACCUCCUCAAGCCGGUCCAGCGCAUGGGCAAGUACGCCCUGUUGCUCCAGCAGUUGGUCAAGGCGGGCACCGAUCUGUCCGACCAGCUGUUGUCCACGGCCGCGGGCAAGUCGGACGACGCCAAGGACGAGAAGGACGGCGGCGUUGAGGCCCAGAGACCGAUGGUCGAGGGCGAAGCUGAGCUGAGGUCCGCCGAGGAGAUGGUGCGCUUCCAGCUAAGGCAUGGCAACGACCUCCUCGCCAUGGAUUCGCUUCGCGACUGUGAUGUGAACGUCAAGGAACAGGGUAGACUGCUGCGGCAAAACGAGUUCCUCGUUUGGCAGGGUAAGGGGAAAAAGUGCCUGCGCCAGGUGUUCCUCUUCGAGGACCUCAUUCUGUUCAGCAAAGCUCGUCGGUUCCCCGAUAGAAAGAACCUCGACAUCUACAUUUACAAGCACAGCAUCAAGACGACGGACAUCGGACUGACGGCCGUGAUAGCCGACUCGCCCACGAAAUUCGAGAUCUGGUUCCGCAAGAGAAAACCCGGCGAUACUUACACGCUGCAGUGCGCCAGCGAGGAAAUCAAGAGGGCCUGGACCGAGGAGCUUAGCAAUUUACUUUGGAAGCAGGCACUGAAAAACAGAGAAGUGCGCAUGGCAGAAAUGUCGAGCAUGGGCAUAGGGAACAAGCCGUGCCUGGACAUACGGCCCAGUGCAGAUCAGAUAAACGAUCGUUCCAUCAGCGUGGCUCAGCUGUCCAAAACAGCUCCAAGGUUCAGGAACUCGAUAGCGGUCUCGAGCACCGAGGACUCGGGUCGCUGCAACAGGCGGCCGCACAGCGUCAUAUCCGUGAGCUCGUCGUCGAGUAGCGGAGGCAGCAGCGGGCCCCCGACUACUCUCAAUUUGGGCCUGGACACCAGUCCACGGCUCCACCACCGAAGCACCACGCUCAACAGUCAAUGCAGCGUCGAGAGCGGCAUAAUCGCCGACAUCUCGAUAGUGUCGGACGAUGGUGGCGAGGGUGGUGGCGAUCGGGGACUCCAUCAUCUCCAUCAUCACCACCACCAUCACUGGAACACGAGCCUGGACUCGCCGACGUCGCAGCUACCGCCUACCGGUCACUCGACGCCGCAACUCCAGUCACCGGCUUCCGGGGCGACGAGCGGUCUCGCCUCCUCAGUUACCUCGCCCUCCUCCUCGGAGGCUAACCUCGCGCCCUACGACCAGGACGUGUCCGUCAAUCUCUGAGACGAGGACGAGGACGCAGCAGCAGAACUUUAUCGCUGUCAGGAGUGAAGAUGUGUUUGAAAGUUUUUUUUUU